CCGCGGGGCGAACCGGACCGGGCACGUCCGGGCCCCCGCAGCCCCACGCCGGCUGCUGGGGCUGUUACUGGCCCCCGUGCGGGGAAGGGUCCUCCGGGAGAUGGGGAGGACCUCGAGGUCUCCGGGGCCCGCGACGUGGCAGGCGCUCUGUGAUCAGCGCUCCCUUUUCCUCUUCAACGCAAACAUUUGGGGUGGGGUUGGGGGGCUAGAUAUCAUCAGCUCCACUUUAUAAGAGAAGAAGCGGAGUAGAUGAACGCUCCCAGCGCAACGCCAGAAUCCCUUUGCCCAUAACCACCCCUCCUCCUCCUCACAAUAACCAGGCUGCGGAUGAAGAGGCCUGGGGGGCAUCAUCUCCCCUGCUGUCUGUUUCUACCCAUCCAUCCAUUCAUUCAACAUCUACUUUCCAGCUGCUGUAUCAAGUACUAUCCAGUCCAUCAGUUAGGAGAGCUACCUGCUCCUUUCGGGACCUCCUGGAGUUUACCACCAAAGUCCUUACCAGUGGUCCCAGAUUUGUAAGAAAUCCUACUCACCUAAUGGACUGUGACAUACUCCCGGAGGAAUACUGGCGCCUUGACACAGGGUCUGAGGAGUGCUGAAGCCGUAACCUCACCACAGUACCGCAAGGAUGGCCCGUACAAUGGAUUCACUGGCAAAGAAGAUCUUUAAAGGAGUUUUAGUAGCUGAACUUGUGGGCGUUUUUGGAGCAUAUUUUUUGUUUAAAAAGAUGGACACAAGCCAAGAUUUCAGGCAAACAAUGAGCACGAAAUUCCCCUUCAUCUUGGAAGAUUUGACCAUCAAUCAAGGUUUGCCCUAUUUCACAGCAGCAGGCAAGAUUAAAAUGCCAAAGUUGACAUGGAUGGAUUUUAGAAUUUUUAAGGUUAAAUAUAAAUUCUAAUUAAGUCAUAGGUUUUGUUCUUUCAAGAAACUGAUGGAAGGUUUAUUAUGUUAUAAAUGGAAUUUUGUUUACUACUCAAAAUAAAGUGGUUUCCCUUAAAAAAAAACUCCCCUAUAAUUCUAAAUAUAUAAACCUUUCAAAAUAGA